AUGGCGGCCCUUCCAGCAAACACUCCUCUCAAGGUUGGAAUUUGCGGUGCGACUGGAGCUGUCGGAAAGGAGAUUGUUGGAGUUCUUGAGACACGAGGAUUUCCUGUGAAAGAGCUUCAUCUUUUCGGGUCCGAGCGAUCGUCUGGCAAAGUUGUGGAGACCAAGUGGGGCAAGGUUGAGAUCGAGGCGUUCUCCGUGCAGAAGGCGAGGGAGAUGGACGUGGUCUUCAUCUCAGUCUCGGGAGAUUUCUCCAAGGAGUACGCCAAGGCUAUUGCUGAAGGCGAUGACGGGGCUGUUGUCAUUGACAACUCGUCGGCGUUCCGUUAUGAUAAGGAUGUUGCUCUUUGCGUCCCAGAGAUCAAUGCUGACGCUGCUCGCAAGAAUCCUAACAAGGUUAUUGCAAACCCGAACUGCACGACCGCCAUCGGCAUCAUGGCGCUGUUUCCUCUUCACAAGAGGUUCGGCCUCAAGAAGGUCAUCAUGUCCACCUAUCAAGCAGCCUCUGGUGCCGGACAGGAAGGAAUGGACGAGCUGAGGGACGGAGCGAAGGAGGUUGUAAACAGUGCCGAAGGAACGAUCGCGAAGAACAAGAUCUUCGCCCAUCCGCUGCCAUUCAAUCUUAUCCCACAUAUCGACGUCUUCCAGGACAACCUCUACACCAAGGAGGAGAUGAAGGUGACUUGGGAGUGCCGCAAGAUCAUGGACAUUCCUUCCCUUCCUGUGUCUUGCACUGCUGUAAGAAUCCCGACCUUCAGAGCCCAUGCGGAGUCGAUUGUGGUUGAGACUGAGAAGCCCAUCAAGGUGGAUGAAGCAAGAGAUCUUCUGGCGAAAUCUCCCGGCAUCGCCCUCGCCGACGAGCCUGCAAACAAGAAGUACCCAAUGCCUUUGACCGCUUCCAAGAAAUAUCCUGUGGAGGUUGGACGCAUCAGGCAGAACAUUGUCUUCGGAGAUCACGGUCUUGAGUUUUUUGUGUGCGGAGAUCAGCUCCUGCGUGGCGCUGCUUUGAACGCUGUUCUUAUCGCAGAAGCUCUCGCCGAGCCUGUUGGCAAGGACUUUACUCCUAAGCUCUAG